AAUAUUUAUUUUGAAAAUAUAUGUACCGAAUAUAAAAAAAAAAAUUAUAUAUAUAUAUAUAUAUUAGAAGUCUUUUUUUUUUUUUUUUUUAGCAAAUUUAAUAAAAUGAUUUAUAUAGAUAUUGAAUCAUUUAAAAUGAUUUUACCAAAUUAAACAAUCCAAAUCUUGAAAAAACUAGUAUAAAUACAACAUAAUAAACUCUAUAUCAUAUAUGUAUGUACCUUCCCACUAUAUUUCACCAUCAAACAAUGCAAUCUUCCUCAACCUCCAAAGAUGACGAGGAGAAUGCGCUUUUAAACUCACUACCAAAAGCGCGUUUCUGGAACAUAGUUGAAUUGCGUCAGUGGGACGGCUACUGGUUCGAGCCCGGCCUAUUGAAAUCCGCCAUAACCUUCAGAUCAAGCUUCCAUGCCCGAAACGACGACGUUCUGCUUGCGUCACCCAUCAAAACCGGCACCACGUGGCUCAAAUCUCUUUCUCUCUGCAUCAUGACCCGAAACCUCCAAACCCUAGACGAAGACGAAGAAGACGACAUCCUAACCAAAGGGAGCCCCCAUUUCCACGUACCCACCGUGGAAAUCUCGGUUUACUCAACCGAGGAGGCUGCGCCGCCGCGGGCCGCCAUCUAUGAGGCGGCGGCGUCCGCCGCCGCCCCACGCCUCCUCCACACCCACCUGCCGUACGCAGUCCUCCCGGACUCCGUCAAGGAAUCGGAGGGCUGCAAAAUCGUGUACAUCGCCCGAAACCCAAAGGACACGCUGAUCUCGAUGUGGCACUUCUUAAACUCGCAGUUCGAGACGCUGACCGACGGCGGCGGCGGCGGCGGCCCGUUUCCGUUGGAGGAUGCCGUGGACUGCUUCUGCUCGGGCGUCCACAUCUACGGCUCGUUCUUCGACCACGUGGCGGAGUACUGGGCCGAGAGCAGGAAAAGGCCCGAGAAAAUACUGUUUGUGAAGUACGAGGAUCUGAAGUGUGAGCCGAAGAGAUAUGUUUCGGAGAUCGCGGAGUUCUUGGGGAGGCCGUUCGGAGAAGAGGACGAAGUUGGAGUCAACGAGGUUUUGAGGAGGUGCAGUUUGGAGAGGCUAAAGAAUUUGGAGGUGAACAAGACUGGUUCGGUUGUUUUCCCUUGUCCUAAUAGUUCUUAUUUUCGAAAAGGUGAAGUUGGUGAUUCGAAGAACUAUUUGACGGCCGAGAUGGAACGAAGAAUCGACGAAACUAGCCGCCUCAAGCUCGAGCCUUUCGGCCUCUUUCUUUAGCUAAUUCGUUGCUAUUACAGGGUGGACUUAAAUUUAUGGGUUCGAUGAAAAAAUAAUUAUGACACUUUUUGCAUUAA